AUGGAAGGAAACAGACAUCACCGACGGAAUUAUGAUUCCGUCGUAAAUUGCCGACGGAAGUUGCUAUUCCGUCAGCAAUUACCAACAGAAUUCUUAGUUCCAUCGGGGUCUGCGGCCAGCCGCGAGCAGGGGCCUGCAGCGGUCGGCUGCCGCGAGCAGGCGCUUGCGGCGGUCGGCUACCGCAAGCAGGCGCCUGGGGAGCAGGCGACGGUAGAGCAGGCGACGACAAAGCAGACGCCUAGGGAGCAGGCACCGGCGGAGCAGUCGUUUGGGGAGCAAGCGACGACAGAGCAGGCGCCUGGGGAGCAGGCGAUGGCAGAGCAGUCGCUGACGGAGCAGUCGCCUGUGGAGCAGACGCUGGCGGAGCAGGCCCUUGCGGCGGUCGGCCAACCGCCAGUAGGCCCUGUUACGACCGGCGUGCGCGUGAAACAGAAGAGAAGGAGGAGAGGAGCAUACCUGAGUCGCUAA